CUUGAAGGAUCUGAUGCCCAUCUCAAAGACGCGUGGGUGAGCCUGAUGAGAAAACUGGGCAGCCGACCACUCUACGUCCGGUUCAUCAAUCUGGACUGUGGACAGAUGCGCCGACCCGAUUAUUAUUACGACCCGCCCUGCAACUCCGACCCUAAGCCGCCAUGUAGUCUUGCGGCUCAUGAACACACUGGAGAGCCUGAAGAAUAUUGCACCCGGCCGGCUGCUGUGGCAGGUGACUCCCUCUUCGCCAUGGCCAUGUCAUGUCUGGCGAUAUCAGGAGUCUCUGUGGGAAACAUGGCUAUCCAGCACUACAUGACAGGAAGCUUCGCCUGGGAGACAAUCACGGCCUGGGAAAGCCUCGAUCUCAGCUCGCUCAAGACGUUCAACUUCAGCCCCCGAAUCCUUCUGGGUGCAGCUCCCGGCCAGAACGACAGAGCGUUCGCUCCGCUGCCAUUGCUGACUGCCGAGGAAAUCGGGCAGCGCGCCUGCGAAGCCGUCCACGCCGUGCUCGACAAGAGCCAUACCUCGUUGACAUGUCUCAGAAUCAACGCCGAACGCCCGAUGCGCUGGCCUUGUCGUCGCGUAGCCCUUGCCCUGCCUGCGCUCCGAGAUGUCCACAUCAUAAAACGCAGACGUCAACGCACCGCAUCUGAGGCGGUGGAUGGCCCAGAUGCCGCAGCUGCACCUCUUGGAGAUAGCUAAUUGCCAGGUAUUUAAAGGGCCCCCGUCUGAGUGGAUCAAGGUUCUUGAUGCCAUUCGCGAUCAUUCAAACGUGGCUGGACCCAUGCCCAAGGGACUCACGGUCAAAUUAAACCCCAUCCUAACGAGCAAACACACAGGAGCUCGCUAUAAUGGAAUAGUGCGCCACGGGACGACAUCAUCGCCACCAAAGGGUUGAAGACUGCAGGCACAUAUGAGGCUAAGGAUAGCCAUAAGGCAUUUGAGAGGCAUUUUUACAACGCAGUGCCGUUUAGAAAGAAUUAUGUCCUGAGAUAUUGGCUGGAUUGUUACAUUCAAGACACUGGGUCGGAUGAGUAUGAUGAACCCGAGGAUAAUGAUGAAGAUGAAACAGGGGAAGGUGAUGAAGAAGUACG